ACUUGCAUUUACACCGUGCUGCUCAUGCGGGGAAGCAUCUCAGAAUGCUUCAGAACGCCCACACGCGCACGCACACGCACACCCACCCACGCACGUACUUUUUUAUUUAACUUUGGUCUUUGCCGAAUACAGUAUAUAUAGCCUGACACAGGGCUGGUGGAGCUCUGCAGAAGCAGUCAGCGCUCCUCCCACUUUUUGAACAUAAUCCCGGCGCCAGGAAAAUUUGACGAGAGGGAGAGAGGGAGAAAAGCUGACAGUUUCGACCACUGACUCAAACCGGCCCCUUCCUCAGAUUUCCCUAUUUGUUCACAGAAACACAGGAAGUCAGAGCAAGACAAGCCACAAACACACACGUCUUCCUCCACUAUCUUCUCUGUUGCUGUUUGAAGGGCUGCACGCUUUUUUUUGAACAAAAAACGCCAUCUUUCAAGCCUCUCGGAUCCUCCUCGCAGAAUGUGCAGCCCCCCAGCACCUGGGGGGCCUGGAUUCAUUCAUUUGCAGGGUCUCUUAAAUGGGGUCUGAGAGACGGUGCCUUGCGAUGAUGAAGAAAACAUCUGGCCAAGAAGUGGAGACGGGAGGCUUGCUGGGCCCAAGGCUAGGUGCCAGCAAUGAGAGGGAGCAGGCACCCCGAGCGACACCUCCUCCGCGCCACCUAUUCCUGUCGGGAAUCAGCAUCCUGGACAAGCUGAUCGGCACGUGUCCAGUUUGGCUUCAGCUGAACAUCAAAAAGGAAAAGGUGACAGAAAUACUCCACGCAGAACCACUUGGGACGUUCAUAGUGAGGAAAGACAGCAGUCUUGAAAACAUGGUCCUUUCAGUCAACUUCUCUGACCUCAAUGGAACCCCGAACAUCCAGGACUACUCUAUAAAAAAAGCACAAUCAAUCAUGCACCUGGAUGGAUCUUUAUUGGUAUUUGAAGAUAUCUUCAAAAUGGUGGCAUUUUACUGUGUAAGCAGAGAUGUGUUGCCAACUACGUUAGCCUUGCCCCUGGCCAUAGCAGGAGCCACUAACUCUGAGGAACUGGAUAUUGUUUCACACCUGGGAAUAGAGUUCUGGAAUUCAGACGUGAACAGAAGGUUCAGGGAAGGAAGUUCCUCGAUAGCCAAAGGCUUGAAUGUCACUGACAGCCAAACCCACAGCCAGAAAUCCAACUCGUGCUUCCCCACAGACAAAAGGCAAUGCUCAUGUGAGAUUGAGCUGUCAGUCGGAAAUGAUAAGUUGUGGUUUGUCAAUCCAGUGUUCAUCAAAGAAUACUGCAGCGCUGCCCCUUCUUUUUCUCCACCGAGUUCACCACCAUCUUCACCGCCCUCUGCCCAAAGUUCAAACUUCGGAAUCAAUAUGGGUCUCAAGAGCAAGAGAGCUCCCCCGCUCCCUCCCCGGCCAAAGCCGACGGAAGUGCUUUCUGCACUGUCCGGCAGCUGUAAAGGUGACAAGAGGAACACGAAUGGUGAGAGGCCGAGGCUAUUGAGUGAAGAAAUCAAAGUCCUGAAGAGUGACGUUAGGUUAGCGGAGCAGAGUGAGGAGCCGGGUAGAGGGGGCAAAGAGAUCGAAAUCAACGCAGACGGUGGCAAAACUCAGAGUUAUUUCAGACUUCCUCCAAUACCGCCCAGGCGCCGUCUGUCAGAAAAGCUGUACAUAGAAGCUAGCGACAACAAGACUGAGGAGGUCACACGAGUUUCCGAAGAAGAGAUGUGUAGUGCUAAAAAUGCGGAGAACAGUUUGCAGUCUGAGAACAGCAGGACGCUGCCAGUGGAGGACCUCAUCGACCUUAAAGCGGAUGACCGACGUGAGCCGCACGCAGAAACACUGAGCGCUGUUCCUGAAAGCCCGAACAACAUCUCCUCGGGGGCACCCGGAGUCGAGCAGAAGAGGAACAGCUCAGGUCAACCUGUGCCUGUCGCACCUCCGAGAAGAAAAAAGAUGUCCAGGCAGGUCGGCUGGGACUGGCAGAAGACUCGAGGAGAAUGUAUUCUGGAAGGACAGGAAAUCAAAGAGGCAGACGACGAAAAGACGGGUGAACUAAAUGUUCAGUUGCCUGACACUUCUAACUCCUCAGCACGGAGUUUAAUGGGCCCCUCGACCCCUAUCAGGAGUGAAUGCGUGGACUCCGGGAACCUCACCAAUUUCAAGCUGUCUGACGGGUCCCUUUACUCGACUGAAAAUAAUCAAAUGACCCCUGUCUCAGAGCCAGAUUCCUACUCCACGAGCAGCACAGAGGAAGAGCUGGAGACUGUGACAUCUCCAUCGCGCUCCAAGAACAAGCGCCACUCCAUCAUCUUAGACAAGGCCAAGAACCGACUGUCCAUAGUGACUCUGAGCAACGUUUUCAACGCCUUUCGUUCGACGGACAGGAAGAUCCAGAAGAGGAUAACGGUACUUGCUCAGGAGAAAGAGUCUUACUUUGGCCACCUGGUCCAGGACUACAAAACCUACACGUUGGAGACGCUGGGGAACCAGACCUCCAGCACGGAGCUGCUACAGGAAAUCCGUCAGAUGAUGACCCAGCUGAAAAGUUACCUGUUGCAGAGCACAGAGCUGAAGUCAGUGGUGGAUCAAUUUUAUCAAUCCGAAGAAAAGUUAGAGGCCGUGGUGGAGGCAGCACUGUGCAAGUGUGUGCUCAAGCCCUUGAAGGAGCAGGUUAACUCGCAGCUGAAGGAAAUCCACUCCAGGAACGGCACCUUGAAGCUUCUGAAGGAGAACCAGCAGAUUGUGCAGAAUACGACCACCACAGAGUUGGGGGUGACCACCUGCGUGCCUGAAGUCAGUCUGCUGGAGAAAAUACAACAGAAGUUCACUGCCAUGCACCAGGCCUAUUCACCAGACAAGAAGGUCAACUACUUGCUCAAGUUCUGCAAGCUGAUUUACGAUUCGAUGUCUGCUGGAAACCCUGGAAAGGUACAUGGGGCUGAUGACUUCCUCCCGGUGCUGAUGUAUGUGCUGGCCAGGAGCAACCUGACCUCCCUGUUUCUGGAUGUGGAGUACAUGAUGGAGUUACUGGAUCCUUCUCUGCAUCUGGGAGAGGGAUAUUAUUACCUCACGACGACGUACGGAGCUUUGCAUCACAUUAAACACUUUGACAAACAGGCUGCCACCCGGCAGCUCAGCCAUGAGGUGCAGGAUUCGAUCCACGAGUGGCAGAGGAGGAGGACUCUGAACAUGAAGCAGAUGUCGAGAGUAUCAGUGCAGGAUUUCCUGAGCGUGUCCUUCCUGGAUGUCGGAUGCGACGUGAAGACGUUUGCGAUUAAGCCAGAGAGCACGGCGGAGGAGCUCUGCGUUCAGUGCGCGGAGAAGUUUGGGGUGACCGACCCGGAUGACUACCACCUGUUCGUUCUCGUGGACGAGAAGUGUCUGCAGCUCGCGACUGAGGCCGUGCCUCACAACCUCAAGUCCAUCCUCCAGAGGAGCCAACCACGGAAAGACUAUCAGUUUCUAUACAAACAGAUCAGCCACACAGAGGAAGCUACAGACCCACCCAUCAAAGAGCUCCCGUGUGACUGAAUUCUACCAGAGUCUUAGUGCAAUAGCACAGUGCAUCUCUUUUUUUUUAUACGUUGCUAAUUUUAAGAUAUAUUAAACGUUUCUGCUUUCAAACGAGCUAUUUAUAGGUUGUUUAUACAACAUGUUGAAGCUUGUCCAUGGAACUAGCCCCCCCGCACCCCCCCCACACACACACAGUCCACACACACACACACACACACACACGUCCCUUUCCCUCUCACCUGCCAUGUUCUCCCGGGCUCUGUCCCAAUGCUAUCAGUAGGACCGAGGCCUCAUCUCAUCAACACAUCCCUUGAGGAGACUGUCAUCAAGUUGUGUUAAAAUGGGCCAACGGGACAUGAUCGAGAAUGCGUGCCUGACACUUUGCGUUGCUGCCUUCACCACCCCGAGUCUAAGGCCAGUCAUGGAAGAAGGAAGCUGCGUUAAGGGAAAGAAUCUCUUGCUUUUAUUCUGAAUAUCCUCCACUACAAACGUUCUACUCGUAACUUACCUCUGAGUCAGUGCCAGUGAGUCAAGUUCUGGAUAUUCGCAACCGAAUAUUGUCACCGUUCAACAAGGGCCACUUCCCUAUAAAUAUAGUUCUGGUGGACCUGUCGUGAAGUCUGUCUGAUGUGGGUUUCAUAUUGUAUGUGUAUGAUGUUUUGCCUGCCUAUUCCCUGAUAUUUAUAGGGAGAGGGUACAUUAGCAGUUAUCUUAUCACUUUAUUCAAGGGCACAAUCUUUUAAUGACUAAAUCUGUUCAGUAUAAGGUCCAUGCAAACGUACCACUGUUCUUCAAUUCCACUUGUACCGCGAGAUUAUUUAAAAAGAAAUGUGAACCACCUCUCUUGGAGAAAGCAAAAUACGCUAUCGUAAGAUAUCAGCUAACGGAGACGUUGUUCUCUGUUUAAUCCAGGUGACAUUCUUUGAGCCAAAGUAGAGCGGUCAAAUGCGAACACAAAACAAUCCUGUAAGAUUUCUUCUCCAGCAAUUCUCGUAAGCUCCAGAGGGAGUGCACAAUCCAGAAACUAUUGUCUUAAGCAACUGACCAUUCUAAGCGUGUGACAUGUGGCCCAGCAAAUAUUCUUUAUGAUACUACUUAAUUUUACUUAAUACUGGAUUUUUAGUACAAGAAACAGUCGGAGAAAGAAAAAAGACGAUGCAUUGUAAUGGUGACAAAUUUAUAGAUUAGGUACCGUAUGGAUACAAAGUCACUUGUGCCAAUGCAGAGAGAGAGAUGCACAUUUUUCGAUGAAUAUAUAUUGGGUCACUUACAAACCACUUCAAGACGAGAGACCUCUGCUGAACUGGGACGUCAGCAAUAUUUUUUAAACUACAUUUUUGAUGGCAUUAAAUGGUAUUAGAUGGCAUUAAAGCCACGCAUUUGUUUGGUCUGUUCACUGAUUUUUCCUCGAGUCUUGUCGUAGGUUUGAAUCAUUUCACUUUGGAUUCAGGUACUUUGUAUUAAAACAAAGCUCAGUGAUGUCUCUCCUAAUAAGAACAGACAUCUUCCCUCCACAUCCCCACACCCCUGUAUAUACUGUACAUUCAUACGACAGAGUUGUAACUGACUCUAACAAGUUUACACAACUGUUUCCAAUAAAAAAAAUUCUUCAA